AUGUCGAAAACGAACGAGGAAAAGGGUGACCCGAGGAGGACGUAUCUCUUGAGAGUUGCCUCACACAUCCUCUCGCUGAACAUCGUCGAAGAGAAACUGAAACAAACGUCGGCUUUGGAUGCAUUUUGCGAUGGACGGGAUACGUUGUUGACAAUUGCGAGAAACGAUCAGAAAGGCGUCGAAAUGUCGACAUCGUCAAAAGAUGUCUCAACUCCAUCACAAGGACGAGUCGUUUUUUACAAGAACAAACCUGGCCCGCUUCCAAUGGACACUUUUAAACAGAUAAUCAACAUGGUGACCGUGAACGGCCCAGCGAAUCAAGUUUUUCUCAGCUCGGUGCAACAGGUGUUCGGAAAGAAUAAAGAAAAUGGAUCAAGACAGAUCGAGGCGGCCGUUUCCCAAUUGGAGGACUCUCUUUUGGCCACCGUUCAACAGAAUGCAUCAUCGCCUAGAUCUGGCUAUGGUUCAUUGAAAGACGAAGUGAAAGCGAUUUUGGCGACGAGUGACGCAAAAAAUGAACCGUUACGCGAUCUUUUUAAACCGCUCAACGAGGCCAUUCAAACGGCGCAGGGCGGUCAAAUCGAGGAGAUCGGGACAUUGGUGGAAUCGAUGGAGGAUUGUGUGGACGGAUUGUGGAGAGGAACGGAUUAUGGAGAGACAAAAUUGGCGAGAUUCAUCCAUUCUUGCGCCGAUUUCUUGAUCGAGACGAUUUCCGAGCGUUUCGACGAUUCGUUGUGGGUUGACAAGAAUUGUGUUGAUGGUUUGAAUGUCUCACUGCAAGCGGCACAACAAUGGAUUGACACUGUCAAGUUGAACACCACUCAAGUCUGGGCUCGUGGUGUUGACGGGAAUUGGCGAGGUGGUGAAGUGAAAAUGCCAUACAUGGAGGGUUUCGUGAAAAGGCUUGAAGAGAUUUUGUCACUCCGAAGUUUCCCCGAGCAACUCGCCUCUUUACUCAACGAGCCUCAUGUGAUCGGAGAAGUUGAAGAAACAAUAUCAAAAGGAAUGAUUGGAGUAUCUCCGUUCGUCUAUAGUCCCAACUCGGAAACGGCGUGGAGAGCGAAAAUUCAGGCCACCGAGCGCUCCCUGGAGCCGAUGAUCGAACGGGUGAUUCCGAUCCUCAAAAAUCGACUCAUGCCAUCAAAUUUGGAUAAUAAUAUGCUUGCCAUGGAUUUGGAGAAGUUCAGGAAUUUUCUCAGUCGAACGAGGGUUAAAGAGAGGAUGUUGGCUGAGAGAGAAAACCUUAUGUCCCGCUUGAUCAAUGUCCUGUCAAGCAAAGAAAACGAGAUCGACGAUCGGAUGAAUCGAGGAGGACAAGCGGGGAGAUAUCUAUGCGAGGUGGCCGCGCGGAUCGUUUGGAUGCGAGAGCAGGGAGCACAGCUUGAAUCAAUCUCGUCAGCUUGUCAAACGCUGCUCUCCGAUCUGAAUGGCGUGCAAAAUCUGCAGAUGAAAUUGGAUCGAUUACAAGAAAAGCUACGAGCCGCUGAGGCUGAGCUCUUUGAGCAAUGGAGUCGCGAAACGAUUCAAUCAAUCGACAGCACGACAGAUUCGAUUGCUUUAGAAACGAAAGGACAAGUGAUGAUUUUGGAGCAAAAACGAGGCACUUUAAAUGUGAAUUACUCGGAUCGAUUGAUAGCACUGUUGAGAGAGGUUCGCCAAUUGGCCAGUUUGGGCUUACCGAUCCCGUCGAAAAUCCUCAACUGUGUGACGAAUGGGGAGAGAUUCUAUCGUUUCGGCAUCACCCUCAAACAGAUCGCCCAUUUCUACAACACAAUCGACAAGCAAAUGUUGCCCUGUCAACAAGCUUUGAUGUUGGACGAGGCGAUCGCCUUUGAAAAACUCGUCAUUCCACAGAAAGGACACGGAUUGAAAACGGUGACCUGGGAAAACCCGAACGAGCUGGAGGCUUUCGUUGCCGAGUUGCAGAAAGCGGCUGAGCGGCUGGCCACGCAUAAUCGCCGUCUCCGCAAUAAACACUCGGAAAUCGUGGAAAUGUGCGUGGAGUUGACCGGUUUAGAUGUGCUGAAAGAAGUGAACAAAUGGAAAGAGAUACUCGUGCAAAUGAGGACAAAAAUCAGCGAAGAAGAGUUGGCUUUCGGAGCCACGAAGGCAAAUAUGAGACCUUGGCAGAUACAUUGGGAUCGACAAUUGUACAAGUCCCUUCAACUCCAAUACCAAUGGGGUCUCGAGAGUCUUCACACCCAGAUUCCAACGAUAAAUGCGCAGCUUGUUUUCACCCAACAAAAGCUCCAACUUCGGCCACCGAUUGAGGAGAUUCGAGCAAAGUACUAUCGAGAAUUGCGCAAAUUUCUCGGGAUUCCAGAGAAGUUUCGCGGGGUUCAAGACGGGGAUCAAGCCUCAUCUUUCUUUGCUCCAAUGGCUGAUAGGAAUGCUGAUCGUUUCCACACGGUUUACGAGAAAGCCGAACAAGUUUUGAUGAGAGUUGCGGAAGCUGAUCGAGAAUUUCAAGAAUGGGUUGUAUUGGCGCAAAUCGAUUUGGAGGCGCUUAUCGAAGAGCGUUUCAUCGUUGCUUCACAUUGGGAACAACACUUUCGAAUGUUAAAAACGAAAGCGAGAGAGGCCGAGAAAUUACCGACCGAGGUUCGCGUCGAAUGUGUCGUCGUCUCUGCAUCACCCGUUCUCUCAACAAUCGAAGAGCUUCUCUCUCGUUUAUUCGAUUCUCUCGUUUGGACGUUGAGGCAAUCCGUCUCAACGCAAGUCCAAAUCAUCACCAUUUUUCUUAAUGGGGCGAUCACCACCCUUUCAACCCGUCCUCAAUCGGUCGACGAAAUCGCUGACGCGAACGCCAAACACGCCGAAUUCGGUCAAAAGAAAAAGGAGUUGAAAGAAAAGUUGGGAAUCGUUGAUGAGCAACACUCAUUACUGAGAUCGGUGGCGGGAAGUGGGGUCGAAGCAGCUGCCUCAGUGAAACAACAAUGGGAACGCUUUGAGCUAAUGCUUGAUUCACACCAAAUGAUGAUCAAAGAACAGGUGGAUGUGUUGCGAUCAAACCUUGAGACGAAAUCUCGCGAGUUGGAGACAGAAGCAGAAAGGCUUCAAGCAAGAUGGGAUCAAGUAAAGCCGAAAAGUGAGGCACUCGAUGGUGAAAGGGAUGCUUUGCAAAAAGCGAUUGACACGAUCAAAGAGAAACGAACGGAAAUGGAGGAGUUGAAGGCGAAAAGAGUACAGCUGGUCAAGGAAUGCGAACAAUUCGGGGAACAAGCACCAACGUUGCCGAUAUUGGAGAGACUGGAAGUGGAGAUCGAGACAAUGGCUGAGCAAUGGUUGCCGAUCGAACAAUUCUCUCAAGAAAUGGCCACAAUGGGCGACGAGUUGUGGGUGGUUUUCCGCUCGAAAACCUACCUCUUUGAUGAGUUUUUGCAAAAAUGGGCCGAUAAAGUGAAAGGCACACAAAAUCAUUUAUUAUUUCGUCUGGGAAAAGAAAUCGAAUCAAUGCGGGAAUUCGGAGCAGCGUUAAAGUUUUGCAGAGGUGAAGUGCUCGGGAGUGAGCAUUGGUUGGAGUUCUUUCGGAUGGUCGGCCUUCCUCGAGGGACGACUAUUGAAGCGCUGAAGUUCUCGGAUUUGAUCUCUGUUCAUUCAGCGAUUUUGGCAAAUCUUGAACAAUUAAAGGCUUUAAACGGUCGUGCGCAAGGCGAAGUGGCCAUUCGAGAAGCGAUUCAAGAAUUGGAGAUGUGGGCAGCGCAAACCGAAUUCACAUUGGUUGACUAUAAACACUCAAAUGGAUCAGCGAUGAAAAUAAUCAAAGAAUGGAAAGAAGCGAUCAAUUCAGUAAAAGACAGCGAAGCACUUCUGCAAUCACUCAAAAACUCCCCAUACUACUCGCAAUUUGCUGAUCGCACACAAAUUUGGGAGACGAGAUUAGGCGAUUUGGACACAUAUUUAGCACAAAUGGUCGACAUACAAAGGAAAUGGGUCUAUUUGGAGCCAAUUUUUGGGCGAGGAGCUCUGCCGCAUGAAGCGUCGAGAUUUGCGAGAGUUGAUGCCGAGUUUCGUUUGAUUUUGGGAGAUGUGGCAAAAGAUGCCCGUUUGGUCUCUUUGUGCUCUCGAGAAACGCUGAAAAGGGGAUUGGAGCAGAUUGUCGAUCAAUUAAAUCGAUGUCAACGAGCGUUGAAUCAAUUUUUGGAGGAAAAACGCGCCGCUUUCCCGCGUUUCUAUUUCGUUGGUGAUGACGAUCUGUUAGAGAUUCUUGGGCAAUCGACGAAUCCACUCGUCAUUCAGACGCAUCUCAAGAAAUUGUUCCAAGGGAUCGAGAAAGUCGUUUUUGGAGAUGGCAAUCUCUCGCUUGUUGCUAUGGUCUCAUCGCAAGGAGAAACGGUUCCAUUGAAUAAACCCGUUAGGAUUGUGGCACAAGUUGAGACUUGGCUUCAACAACUCAGCGACGAAAUGGUCUCAACACUGAGAUUUCUUACCGUACAAGCUGUUCGAGAGGAAAGCCUCAAUCCGACAAAAUAUCCAUCACAAAUUCUCUGCUUGGCUGAGGAGAUCCGUUUCUCGCGUGAAUGCGAGAAAGCUUUGGAGAAUGGUGGAGGACAAGAAUUGGAGAGAAUGAAAGCUGAUUUGCAAUCACAAUUAGCACAAAUGACUGAUGCUAAGACUGAAGACAGAGUGAUUUCAUUGAAAUUGAAAGCUCUAAUUCUCGAUUUGAUUCAUCACAUUGAUGUGAUCGAUCAAUUAAUCAAUGCAAAAGCGAAAGGAUCUGGGGAAUGGAUGUGGCAGAAACAAUUGCGCUUCUAUAUGGUCAACGAUGGAGUGGUGAUGCGACAAAUUGAUGCGCAUUUCGAUUACACUUAUGAAUAUCAGGGAAACACUCCGAAACUUGUGCACACUCCGCUCACCGAUAAAUGCUAUUUGACGCUAACACAAGCUAUGUCAAUGGGUUUGGGUGGGAAUCCGUUUGGACCGGCUGGCACUGGGAAAACCGAAUCCGUGAAAGCACUUGGGGCACUUUUCGGAAGACAGGUUUUGGUAUUCAAUUGUGAUGAGGGAAUCGACGUGGUGUCGAUGGGACGAAUCUUUAUCGGAAUCAUUCAAUGCGGGGCAUGGGGAUGCUUUGAUGAGUUUAAUCGACUGGAACAGACCGUGCUCUCAGCCGUUUCCCAGCAAAUCCAAACGAUUCAAUACGCGAUCAAAAAUCGUUCACCCACCUGCACGCUUGGGGUAAAAACGGCAAAAGUCGACCCGAAUUCCGCGAUUUUCAUCACCCUAAACCCGGCUGGGAAAGGCUACGGUGGAAGGCAAAAAAUGCCGGAUAAUCUAAAGCAAUUAUUCCGGCCAGUUGUCAUGUCUGUGCCCGAUAAUGAGAUCAUCGCUGAGACUCUUCUUUUCUCUGAAGGAUUUCGAGGAGCCAAGGAAUUGGCAAGGAAAACUGUAGCCAUAUUCAAAUUAUGCAAGGAAAUGCUUUCCGCACAACAACAUUACGAUUGGGGAUUGCGAGCGUUGAAGGCUGUGCUAAGAGGUUGUGGUGAUCUUCGUUCACAAUCUCCAGACAAAGAAGAGUCACAAAUCGUCGUGCAAGCUCUUCUCCUGAAUACUCUCUCGAAAUUGACAUUUUCGGAUUCAAAGCGUUUUUCCACGCUAAUCGAUGACAUUUUCACGAGCGGUGUCGACAAAAAAAUGGCACAAUUCGGGGAAAUUCUCGAAUCAUUAGAGAAAGCGGCUGAGGAAAUGCGGAUAAAGAUCACGGAGAAGCAGCUUCAGAAACUCUUUCAAUUAUAUGAGCAAUUGAGGCAACGAAUGGGUGUGGUGAUUGUCGGGCCAUCGGGCAGUGGAAAAUCGACUCUAUGGCGAGUGCUGAAACGAGCGCUUUUGUUGGCAAAAGAAAACCUAAGCGUUUACAAUUUCAACCCGAAAGCGAUGAGUCGAACAAAGCUCUUGGGUCAUAUGGAUAUGGACACGAGAGAAUGGAGUGAUGGAGUGCUCACAAUUGCAGCUAGACAGGUAAUCAAAGACACUGGAAUGCACACGUGGAUCAUCUGUGAUGGAGAUAUCGAUCCAGAAUGGAUUGAGGCACUGAAUUCGGUGCUUGAUGACAAUCGAUUGUUAACAAUGCCGUCUGGUGAGCGAAUUCAAUUCGGCACCAACGUCAAUUUCAUCUUCGAAACUGACGAUUUGAGUUACGCAUCGCCAGCAACGAUCUCGAGAAUGGGAAUGUUGUUUAUUAGUGAAGAAGAUUUAUCGCCAAGUGACAUUGUGACGAAAUGGUUGAAAGAAAACGAUGAAAGCUCUUCAAAUCCGAAUAUUCGCGAUUGGAUUGACGAGAAUUUCUAUCGAGUUCUGAAAUUUGUCAACACAAAGCAAAGCCAAUCAUCUCCGAUUCGACUCACUCCGACAGCUCUAACACAGAAUGGACUAUCUUUGAUAAGAGGCUCCAAAUCGAAAACCGAAUUCCUUGUCUCAUUGUUUCGCGGCUUUUCCGGGAGUGUCCCCGGAGAGACAAGAAAAGAAUUAGCGGAAAUCGUUUAUCAAGGACUAACUCUACCCGAUUCGCAAAACCCGGAGCUUGUCUAUUUUGAUGAUCGAGCUCAAUCGUUGAUGGUUUACACAGAUGAUACGGGGAUGGGACUACGAGUGGAACAGCUUGAGCACGAGGAAUCGCGGCCGAUGGUGAUGACAUCACAGGCUCAAGCAGCUGCCUAUACGAUGUCCGCUUGGUUGAAUCACCCAACCCAUCCAUCAUUUUGCGUGGUCGGCCCGGAGGGAAGUGGAAAAGCGCGGCUGUUAGAGAAUGCGCUCAGCCAAUCACCGCAUGCACAUUCGGCAACGUUGUAUUGCUCGGCGCAAACAUCUAGCACAACCCUUUUGCAAACCCUCCUUCAACACACCGUUCAAGUUUCGCGUGCCGGUGGCCGAGCGUUGAAGCCGAAAGAUGGCCAUCAUUUAGUCCUUUUAUUGAGAGGAAUCAAUCAAACAACACCCGAUAAGUAUGGAACGAGUGAGCUGCACGCACUUUUGCAUCAAUUGUUGACAUACGGCGGCUUUUAUGACGAGCAUUUGGAAUGGAUGGCGCUCGAUGGGAUCCAGUUUGUGGUGACAAUGGCGAGUGAGGGUGCGGGUCGUUAUCGUCUUUCUCCUCGUCUCCUAUCUCUUCUCCGUCUCACUCAAGUUUCCACUCCGAAUGAUCGAGAUUUACACACAAUAUACUCGAUUUAUUUGAUGCCAAUAUUAGAACCGGUUCUCCAAUCGUCAGCCCGGGUUGAGAGCGUUGCUAGCAUGCUCGUACAGAUCUACGAAGAUGUCCGAAAAACGUUUAAAAACACGGAUCGAAAGCACUACGUUUUCUCACCAAGAGAUCUCACCAAAUGGGCUUUAGCCAUGCUCAGAUACGAUUUAGAGGGAGAUGUCGACAAAACGACGUGGGCUCUUUUGAAUGAAGCACAAAGGAUUUUCCGGGACAGAUUGGCGAGUGAGGAGGAUCGACAAAAAUUCGACUCACUUUUGUUGAAUGUGAGCCCGAUGGCGAGGGGAUCGGAUAUGGGAAAACUCUUCAUCACCACAGCCACCGUCAUUCACUCCACCGGGCUCCCAUUGACGCAAAUUUCUCGAAAUGACUACACAAACCUUCUACAGAAAGCCGUGAAUCGUUUCGAAUUCGAUGUGUGUCAAUUCAAACCAGCGCUUGUCGAUGAGAUUGUUGAUGUUUGCGCCAAAAUCGAUCGAGCGCUUACGACACCAGGCGGCAAUGUGUUGAUCGCUUCUCGUGCCGGGAUGUCACUUUCUUCAUGUAUUCGCCUGAUCUCUCAUCAACAUCAAAUCACUGUUCACACGCCACGUUUAACUCCAUCAUAUGCACAGAAACAUUUUGAUAAUGACUUGAAAAAUGCCAUUUCCACAGCUCUCUCAACCGGUGAACACGUCGUUUUCCUCCUUGAAGAGUUUCAACUGAUCAGCAACGGUUUCCUCGAAACGAUUAAUUGUCUUUUAUCAGCUGGUGAAGUGCCAGGAUUGUUUACGGCACAGGAGUUGGACGGGCUGAUUGCGGCGAUGCGCGAUCAAGCGAGUCAGAUGAAUUUCCAGCGAAAUUUGCACGACUUCUUUGCAUAUCGCGUCCGAUCACUUGUUCACGUCGCUCUCGUCCUUGAUGUCGACAAUGAGAAAUUCGAAGAGCGAACAGCCGCUAAUCCGGCACUUUUCCGCGACUGUGAAGUGAUUUGGAUUGAGGAUUGGAGUCGGAAAACAUUGGAACAGAUACCGCGCUCUCUUCUCCCGAAAUUCGGUGUCGAUCCAUCGGAUGAUUUGCUGUCCCUUCUCCCGCAAUUGUUCUCAAUCGUCCCCUCAAAUCUUGGCACUCCAUCGAAAUAUUCAUCCUACAUCGAAAACUAUGCACACAUUUAUAAAACAAAGAAGGAAACUGUCACGUCUAGACUGCAGCGAUUGACGGCCGGUGUCUCAAAGCUGACCGAAGCUCGAGAAGCUGUGGGAAAAAUGCAACAACGAGCCGCGAAACAGAGCAAAUUGUUGGCUGAGAAGCAGCGAGAAGCCGAUGGAGCGCUGGCCGCGAUAUCACAAUCGAUGACGGGUGCCCAAGAUCAAAAAGAAUCGAUGGAGAAGUUGAAAGUGGCGACAGAAGAAGAGAAUGUGAAAAUCGAAGAGCAAAAGAAAAUAAUCGAGAUACAGCUGGCUGAUGUGGAACCGUUGCUGAGGGAAGCCCGUGAAGCGGUCGGAUCGAUCAAAUCGGAAUCUCUUUCCGAAAUUCGAUCUUUAAGAGCUCCGCCAGAAGCAGUUAGAGACAUUCUACAAGCUGUGCUCGUAUUCAUGGGAAUUCUCGACACAUCCUGGGAAGCGAUGAGAAAAUUCUUGGCAAAAUCCGGUGUUAAAGAAGAAAUCAUUAAUUUCGACGCUCAUCGUAUCACAGCCGAUGUCCACAAGAAAGUUUCGACACUUGUUAGCUCAAAACAAGGAUCGUUUGACCCAAAGAAUGCGAAACGAGCCUCUGCAGCUGCGGCUCCAUUAGCUGCUUGGGUUUUGGCGAAUUUACAGUAUUCGGAAAUUCUCGACAAAAUCAGCCCACUGGAACAAGAGAAAAACGCGUUGCUGAAAAAUCUUUCCAAAGCCGAGAAACAGAUGGAGAAAUUGUCGAAAGGGCUGACGACAGUCGAUGAAAAAGUGGCCGAGUUGAAGAAAAGAUUCGAGACAUUGAUUAAAGAAGCGACACAGAUAAAAGUUGAUUUGGAUAGAGAACAGGCAACCAUUCAAGUGGCGGGCACACUCGUGGAUCGGCUCGGUGGAGAGUACGAGAGAUGGAGACAACAAAUGGAUGUGCUGCGGAAUGAAUUGGAUCAGCUCGAAAAACGCUGUGCCGUCUCCGCUUGUUUUGUCUCAUUUCUCGGUUCGGCCUCGGAAAGGAUUCGACACGAUGUGGUCAAACAAUGCGGACAGGCAGUCCGUCUCGAUACUUUCGACGUUCUCAACUUUUGCGCCCUUGAAACAGAACAGGUUUGUUUUUGCGUG